AUGUCUUCAAAUCCUGCCUGGCGGGUCACGUCUCCCUCGCACUCGGGUGGAAGCAUGCUUGGACCUUUCAGUAAGGCAAAGUGGUCUUAUCCUACCGAAUACUUGAAAACUCGACAGCAAUUGUUGAAUCCCAAUGACCCGAAACAGUCCCCAGUCCAGCUGUUAACCGCUACGGUGCGGCAACAUGGUAUUCGUCAUCUGUACACGGGCAGUAUGGCCUUUUGCGUCUCCAAUGCAUCGAAAUCAGGGAUUCGUUUUUUCGCUUUUGAUAGUGCGAAGAAGUGGAUGCCUACAGACUCGUCCAGCAAGGUGACAUCAACGGGGAAUAUGUGCGCGGGUCUCAUUGCAGGAGUCGCGGAAAGCGUACUCGUUGUCACGCCUGGGGAAACAUUGAAAACCAAGAUCAUUGAUGAUCGAGCGGGUGCGAAGGUGUAUAAGUCGGCCAGCCAUGCAGUUCGUACUAUUCUAUCGACCGAAGGCGUAUCUGGGCUGUAUCGUGGAACAUUGCCCGUCACGCUGAAGCAAUCAUCGAACGCCAUGGUACGAUUUACCAGCUACAACUUCUUCCUGCACCAUCUCACCGCGCUCACGAGUACGGGCGCAGCUAACGGCGCACCAGUCUGGAGUACCGUGGUCGCCGGGGCGAUGGCUGGAGUAGUUACAGUGUAUGCUACCAUGCCGUUCGACACCAUCAAGACUCGCUUACAAGCGUUGGAUGGCUCUCAGCGUUACCGGGGAUCUUUCCAUUGUCUUCGGUCAAUCGUCACUACAGAAGGUACUUUGGCGUUAUGGAACGGGACUACUCCUCGUCUAGCCCGGCUCAGUAUCUCGGGAGCCAUUAGUUUUGCAAUUUACGAGCGUGUCGUUCAGUGGACGGGAUCGUUGCAUGGGUAG